AUGACUUCUUUGAGGAGGUCAAUACCCUUACUUGCGAGAUGUCACAAGUCGUUAAGCUUCAGAUCCUUUCAUGCAUCCCAAAACCUCGCCGCCGCCGCCAAACCUAAACCUUCUCCCAGAAUAUCAAAAGCCACAACUAGAACACGUGUCCAAAAUGUCCAAAAUACCGAAAAGAAUUACAUGUCAAAGGACGCCCUCCCACCACUCGCCAUCCUUCAAUCAGCAGCCACAGCCGGCGUCAUGGAUCUAGAGCCAGCGAAAGCCUUCCAGUUCCUAGCCGAAUAUGUGAACUCAUAUGUGGAACGGGGUGGGCCUUCAACCGGCAAGGGAUGGGAGCAAGAACUGUGUAAAGUACAUGGUGUGACGCUGCCGCACAUGGUGACCCUAUCCAGCGUUCUCAGAAGGUGUCCCAGCCGUGCUCAACAAUCACUGGGCUCGACGCUAGUACUCGCUGCAUCCCAGAUGGGCGAGAAGACGGCAACAUUUGAGCUGGUCCAGUCUAGCAUCAACAAGAAACAGGUUUUCGAGAAGUCAGCUCAUAUACAGCACUUACGCUUACUAGCCCAGAAAGGGGAUGAUGCCGAGGCGAUGGCGCUACUGGGCAAGGUGGUGUUCGCGCAGGGGAAAGAAGACGAAGCUCUGGGAUGGCUGCGCAAAGCAACGCGGCCGCCAGUUGGGAACUUGGAAUUCCCUGGGUCUGGCGACGCGCUUGUGUGUGAAGGUCGGAUUCAUUUGAAGAAGGGUGAUAAGAAAGGAGCGGAAGAGGUGUUCAAGAAAGCAGCCCUGCAAUUGGAUGAGCCGACAGCCUAUUUCUAUCUUUCGCAACUCCAGGAACCGAGCUCGUGGAAACAGGAGGUUUAUUUACUGAAGGCUGCUUCGUCGGGGAUUCUAGAGGCGAUGCAUAGUCUUAGUGCGCUGGAGCUUGAGAAGAUUGAGAAGCAGGAGAAGAAACCGACCUCUUUGGCUGAUUAUGGGAUGACGAGAGAAUGGUCUCAAGUUGCUGCUGCCGAUGGAUUUGGGUUGAGCAUGAUGAAUAUGGCACUGAUGUGCAAAGCUGUUGGACAAGAUGAAGUUGGUAUGGAAUGGCUCGAGAAGGCGGAACAGAACCCGGACGUUCGUGAGCAGGCGAAGAAGCUAAGAAGGGAGUGGGCGGAACAACCAAGCCAACUCACUUGA